AUGGCAUACUGUGCAGCCGUUACUAACAUCAGCAGCACUGAUACAACAGUCACACCAGAGAUGAGCUCAACUGUUAAUCUGUCUGACCCAUGCAACAACUACAUUGAGCUGAAUGAAUCAUGGAGAGCCACCACUUAUAAUGAUACAUCAGUCUUAAAGUGUGACGCCUCAGUCACCUGGAGCGGCUGGUAUCGUCUCUUCAUUAACGGUGUGAGCGCUCACAUCCCAGACACGUGUGUUGAUGUCUACAGAUGUAGCACCCAUGUUCCCCUGUGGAUACCUGCUGGACACCCAACAGUUGAGGAUGGAGUCGUCACUCGAGAUGUCUGUGGUCACUGGGACAAUUACUGCUGCUAUUACGGGUCUUUUCCCAUUAAAGUCAAAGCCUGUCCAGGAAAUUAUUACGUCUAUGAGCUGGUUAGUCCAACUAAAUGCGCUGCAGCAUACUGUGCAGCCGUUACUAACAUCAGCAGCACUGAUACAACAGUCACACCAGAGAUGAGCUCAACUGUCACCUGGAGCGGCUGGUAUCGUCUCUUCAUUAACGGUGUGAGCGCUCACAUCCCAGACACGUGUGUUGAUGUCUACAGAUGUAGCACCCAUGUUCCCCUGUGGAUACCUGCUGGACACCCAACAGUUGAGGAUGGAGUCGUCACUCGAGAUGUCUGUGGUCACUGGGACAAUUACUGCUGCUAUUACGGGUCUUUUCCCAUUAAAGUCAAAGCCUGUCCAGGAAAUUAUUACGUCUAUGAGCUGGUUAGUCCAACUAAAUGCGCUGCAGCAUACUGUGCAGCCGUUACUAACAUCAGCAGCACUGAUACAACAGUCACACCAGAGAUGAGCUCAACUGCUGUUACUAACAUCAGCAGCACUACUACAACAGUCACACCAGAGACGAGCUCAGUUGUUAUAAAUAUAACACUGCAGGAAGGAUGCACCAAUAUUUCUGGAGGCUGUUUUCAAAAUCUUCUUGAGAAAAUAGAGAACAUUACAGCUCAAGUCCUGCCUUUUGAUACUGUGUCCAGCAUUUUGAAUGUGAUCUUCAAUGCUUCAGAGAAGAUUUUAGAGUCAUCAUCAUCAUCAAACCCAGCUGAACUUGCCUCCUAUGGAAACCGUGUGUUAAAAACCAGUGAGAAACUCAUUUCUACAUUAGUGAAGCCGACGGACACAAGUGUCAAUGUCAGUUUUACUCUUGCUGCUAUAGAGGGACAGGUCUUCAUGGUUGGACCACAGGUCACUUUAGAUAAAAUCCCUCGACUCGACACAACAAAUUCUUCUGUGGACAUCGAUCUCAUUGGGAUCGCAAGGAACAACACUGAAAGAUCAGCUGCUGUGGCUUUCAUGAGCUACAACAUGAUGGAGAACCUACUGAAGCCAGACUUCUUCAACAAAUCCAAUGACACGAUUAAAACCAUGAUGUCCACUGUGAUCUCAGCUACUCUUCCCAAAACCACCAACACUAAACUAACUAAACCAGUCAACUUCACCCUCAAACACAUCAGAGAGUUCGAUCCCAAUGGUUCUCUUUUCUGUGUGUACUGGAAUAUCAGCGCGUGGAUUGUAGAUGGUUGUUCUGUUUUAAAGUCCAACAGCAGCCACACUGUGUGUUCCUGUGAUCAUCUGUCCACAUUCGCUCUCAUCAUGCAAACCAGCCGCCCACCAGAGAGCGACUCACUAAUGGAGCUGUUGGAUUUGGUGUGUGUGUCCGUGGGGCUGGUGUUCUUCACUUUGGCCCUGUUGACCUUUGCCCUUUGUCAGUGGAGUCCUGGAGUGAAUAAUGUGGCUCGAAUCAACAUCUGCAUCAGUCUUCUGUUGGCUCACCUUCUGUUUCUGCUCACACAGCAGUUCCUGAGCCUCAUACGUCCUCUGCAGGUGUUGUGUGCCGUGAUCUCAGGACUUCUGCACUUCUUCUUUCUCUCCGGCUUUGUGUGGAUGUUCAUUGAAGCUGUGCUGCUCUUCAUCUGUGUAAAGAACUUAUCACAAAUCAGCUCCAGAAAGAGGGAGGUUCUUAGCAGUGGAUUCCUGUGUGUGAUUGGAUAUCUGGUUGCUCUGGUUGUGGUGUGUGUGUCUGUCGGUCUGGUUCCUGAAGGCUACGGCAGCGAACACUGCUGGAUUAAAAUGGACAAGAGCUUCAUCUGGAGUUUUUUGGGCCCUGUUUGUGUCAUACUAACAUUGAACAUGAUUUUCUUCAUCAAGAUCGUCAUCACUCUGAACUCAACUCUAAAAAAGCUCAACGCUGAAGUUUCACAGAUGAAACAAACCAAGAUCGUGGUGUUUAAAACCCUGGCUCAGUGUGUGGUUCUUGGUUGCCCCUGGAUUCUGGGUUUCUUCACUAAUGGCAGUAAGGUGCUGGAGAUCAUCUUCCUGAUCUUGAACUCCCAGCAGGGAACCUUCAUCUUCCUGAUCUACUGUGUCCUCAAUAAUGAGGUCAGACAGCAGUACAGGGAGUUCUUCAGAUGUCUUUGCAGUGGUAAACAACACUGA